AUGGGCAACGUCCUGCCGCUGCCACGCGCGUGCAGGGAAACCAGGGUGGUGGACGCCACCGUCGCCGGUGCCAGGAGGGUGAAGAGGAUGGAGCGGCCGGCUGCGGCCAAGAACAUCGUGGACGGGGCGGAUCAACACGGUGUCUUGGAGAAGGAGGUAGAGUGCCGUGUGGAGGACGGCGGGGUGCGGGUGAAGGUGCUGAUGACGAGGAAGGAGGCGGCGGCGUUCAUGGCGAGGCUGGAGGAGCAGGCCGCCGCGGAGAGUGAAUCCAGGACGGGGGCGAUCGGCCGCGGCUUCGCGAUGAGCCCGUGCGAGGUUGCGUGGAGGCCUCGUCUCGAAACCAUACCGGAGACCUACUAG